GUGGAGGGCACCCUUGACAAGGGCUCCGUGCUGAGUGCGUACUACAAGUAUCACGGUCUUUUGCAACAAUGCGCCGAAAGCAUUAAACUGUAUGGCCAAUACCACCAUUUAGCACGCGCGAACCCGAUGAUGGCAGGGUUUGUGAUGUUAGAUUGUGAUAUGGUUUUUCUGCUCAUGUCGAGCCGAGUUUUGUCGCUGACAUCGAGAUUCAAAGCGUUCGGACACCUUUACAAUGCGCUUUUAAAGGAGGGGUUUCUUCCGCACAUCCCAUUCAUCGACGAGUAUCUGGAGAUUUAUGAAGAAAUUAUCUUUACUCCGUGCCGAGCCGCAGCUGUGCAUGGCCGUUAUACCCGCACCUAUCUGCUGAGCUCAAACUUGAAUGCAAGGGCAGUCAAUGCAGUUUUCAAAAACGAC